AAAAAAAGGUAUCCCACUGAAGGUGUCUUUAGCAAGAUACCAAAACCUCAUUUUUGGGGGUAUAGAUUAGGGCCAUUGGAUUGAGUGCUGAAACAAAAAAGGUAUAGAAUGCAUAUUCUUAAAGGACAAGAAAGUUCAACUAGAAAUGGAAACGAUUGCAUUCUUAUAACACCUCCUCUUUCACCUCCCAAGCCAAAAGCAUUGAACUUUCAUUUCAGCAGCGUUCGAGAUGUUUCUUCUCUACGAAAGCAACACUUGUGCGCUUGUAUGAAGGGGAUUGUUUAUGAAGUCUACAAAACCCAGCCGAAGCUUUGGCUUCAGCAAGAAAGGAUAUGGCUUCGCAAAGAACACGUAAAGCCAAUUGCAAAAUUGCGUCGUCAAGGUUUUGUUGGACGUCGUGGAAAUCGCAUUGUUUCUUCCGUCGUAGAGUCAGAGGCUUCGUCGUCAAAGAAUACCUCUCGCGAACCUUCACCAUCGAAUAAUGGAGCAGGCACUCGCAAUUCAGAAGUACCAACUUCUGAAGCUUCUGCUUCUGCUUCCCCAGUUGAAACGAGAGGAAGGAAGUCAACUCGUGGUUCAGGCCAGUAUAAUGGCAUGGAGGUUGCGAAUAUCCCUUACGAAGCUCUGCCUGAUUUUUGUCCCGACAUGUCUGUACUUGACAGACGGUCCCAUCCUCGUCCUCUUCGUGCUGAAUGGAAGGGUCCCCCUCUAGAUCUUUCAAACGAUCCUCAUUACCAUCUUUUACACCCUGCUGAAGUCCAUUUAGCUUCUACACUUCGUUUACCCUGUUCCGUUUAUUUAGACAAUAAGCGACGCAUUUUUGCCGAAUGGCAUUAUCGUAAACAACAAGGGUUGGGCUUUCGAAAAACAGAUGCACAACGUGCUAGCCGUGUUGAUGUCAACAAGGCUAGUCGAUUAUGGAAAGCUUUUCAUGAAGAAGGUUUUUUUGAUGAGUAACUUUUUCGUAUGCUAUCAUUUAUGUCCCAUUGGCCAUGCGUAUACCCUUCCUCCUUUUGUACCUCUACUUAUUUAUUACCGAAUGGCUUCUUUGUCAGUCCUUUUCCACUCCUUUGUUCUCGUAGGAUGAGAGAAAAUUGCACGCUCUAUUCCCAUUCGUUCCUUUUUUGGAUUUUGGUUGCUGUCUAUUUUUUAAAAAAAAAACAAAUCCCUUUUUGAACUAUAAUGACUCUCUUGUCAGUGUGAUUUCUCUUUCAAUCUUUCAUACCCACUCACCCACCUUAAAUUGGUUUAUUUUUUGGAUAAACAUUUUGAAAACAUAUUGGGCAUUCUCACUAUGAAUUAGAAAGUAUACGUUUGACGUUCGUUAAGUAUUUAUUGUUCCCAUGCCUUUCCUUUUAUUAGGGUCAUAGCUUCUUGGGAUGCUUACGACAACUCUUACUUGCAUCUUUUACUAUUAAAUCCCUAUUUUGGUUUUCUAUAAAAAUAUCUAUAUCUAUCUAAAUGUAUAUAUUUAUCCAUACAGCUCGCCAGUUGGAUGCAUUUCUAUCUUC